GCAGAGCCUCGGAGCUCCGGUGGCCAAGGCCGGCUCAGUCGCCGCGGCCGCGCCCGGCGGGUCGGUAGCAGGAUCAGCUCCCGUGGCCGCCCCUUACUACUUUGCACGGUCUGUGCAGGCGGCAUGGGACAACCAUUUCGAGGCCUUCGGAAAGCAAGACUUGGACAAGAUCAUGUUGGACUACGACGACACCUCCAUUGCGAAGGUCUACAACAAUAAAGAUGGAUCGAAAUCCGAGUUCGUGGGCAAAGUGCAGAUCCGCAACAUGUUCACUGACCUUUUCGCGGACCUCUCGAAUCUGGACACGCUGAAAGCACCUGUUGUGGAUGUGGAUGAGGCCGGCAAGACGGUCUUUUUGGUUUGGGAAUGUCCGGGCUGUGGCUACCACACCGCCACGGACACCUUCGUCUUUGGACCGGACAACAAGAUCAAGCGUCAGAACAUCGUGGUGACGAAAGGCACCCCAGAAAAAUCGAAGAAGCCGAAGAAAAAGAAGAGCUAUUCCAUUUGCUAA